UCAUCGGAGUGCGUGAGAAAUCUCAUCUGACAGAGGGAAGAAUCUCAUCUGACAGACUGUAACUACUCUGCAGUACGCAGCAGUGUAGGUCCACCUAGUACAACUACAAGCAAUAAUAAAAGUAGCAGCAUCAAAGAUGGCCGAAGGCUAUCGUCUUUACAAACUUCGUGUGGUUUUCGUGUCAAAGCUAAGAGGCCAGUUGCAAAGCUGUGUUUCCCAACUCGAAAAGACGCUACCGCAUGUUCCUGGUAUACAUGCUAUGAACCACACGCCACGAAGUCCGUAUGCAGGUGCAGCUUUUGGUGGAUGUGCCUCUUCUUCAGUUAGCGGGUAUGCUAGUGCGGGACCGGUCUUUUCUUCUGGACUUUCUACUUCCUCAUCUUCUACUAGAACUUCACCAAGAAGCGAUGCCUUGAGAAUAAGAACCUCCGAAGCACUGACAAGUGACCCGCCAUCUUCUUCACAAACAGUAUCAUCAUCCGAAGCAGGUGCCUCAACGCCACCACACCUUCACGUGAACCCUUUCUCUCCCUCCGAACGCACAGCGACCUCAUCUGCCCUCUUCCACGUCCGACCAAAACGUCUUCAGAGAAGGGCGUGGCGCAUUACGUAUUUGAGGUCGAGUAAUCGAUACAAAACGGCUAUCCGAAACUACGUCUUUCACGACUAUCGCUAUCAAUUCACGUUUUUCAACGUCCCUCCAGCGCAGACCCGCCAAACCCUUUCAGCGUGCCUAGGAUCGAUGCCCAGUGACGUCAACUGCCAGGUGGAAUUCAACUACGCAUAUAAUGGAAGUGGAAAAGAUGGGGACGGAGAUGAAAGUUACGAGGCAGACCAUAAAUAUGACUAUUUUCGUCUAAUAGACAAAAAUGAUAGGAGUUCAUCUUGUUCAAACCCAGUGAGACUAGGAUCUCGUCGUAAUUUAGCGGCAUCUCUAACCCCACAGAGCAGCUUUGCUUGACGCUGCAAAGCAGGAAGUGGAAGGCAAGCAGAAGAUAGACCGGGAGCGAAAGGCAGGGUGGUACUCGGCUGCGCAGCACUGGUCACAGUUCGGAAAAUUCUAAUAUCAACACAGAACUCACGGUCAGUUCUAGUUGCUUUUCAAAAAGAAGGAUCGAAACAAUUCAGUCCUCAACAAGAGACAAUGAAAAAUUUUCAACAAUGUGCU